AUGGAUGAGUUUGAUCUUGGCCCCGACAUCCCCAUCGAGGGCACCACAGGCGAGGCGCCUCGCUUCAUCUUUUGCUUCGACUUUGGGACAACAUUUACUGGCGUCGCCUGGGCUCUUGUAAACGGAACAAGUCCACCAAGACUCAGAGACAUCCAAGUCGUCAGCGCCUGGGCUUCCGAUUACAUCCAGGACAAAGUCCCCUCUCUCUACACAUACUCGCCUGAACACGGCCAGAGGUGGGGAUGGGACAUUGAGAACAACAUGUACGUCAUCCGACAGCCCAAGCUGGAGCUGCCGGAACCAAAGACGCUCGACGCCCUGAAGAAGCUCAAGUGCGCCGUCAAGUAUGAUCGCAUCUUGCGUGAGGCUAUUGAGAAUGGCACUCGGCUUCCAAUUCAUGUGACAAAGGGUCCGUACGAUGUUACUAGAGACUAUCUCUUCGAGGUAGCCAAGGCGGCGCACGAUUCUGUCGAGAAGAACCUUCCGCCAGGUCAACUCAAGGACUUUCCCAUUGAUAUCGUCGUAACACACCCAGCGGAAUGGGAUGAGAGGGCAAGGAGCAUGACCUUCAAGGCAGUACAUGCCGCGUUCAAAUAUGGAUUCAGAGACAGCAAGCUCGGUACUUCACGCCUGACGACAGAACCUGAAGCGUGUGCGCAGUACACGCUGGAAGCUGCCCAGAGCGAAGGCAUCAUGGAUAUUCGAGAGGGAGAGUGUUUCGUGGUUGUCGACGCUGGUGGCGGCACAGUCGAUCUGGUCUCCUACUACGUGCAAAGUCUGAGUCCCUUCCAGCCCAAGAAGGUGACCCGUCCAAGUGGCGGCAAAUGCGGUGCUACCUGCAUCGACAGGUAUUUCCUCUUCGAAUACCUCCCCGCCAAACUAGGCGCCGAGUACGACGCUCUAGCCCCAGGCGUCCUUGAAGCCCGAGAUCAAGAUCAGAGUGGCGGCCAAGUCGUCUUGAGCACAGGUCUUCAGUCCAUCCUCAAAGAGUUCCAGCUUAUCAAGCACGAGUUUGAGGGACGCAAGGCCCGCGGCCAGGCUGGAGACAUUAAAGUUCUCAACCUACCUCACGGCUUCGGCAACAGGAACGAUCCUGCACGAGGAAUUCGUGAUGGGCAGUUGCUCAUCUCGAGUGCUGAUCUUGAGAUCAUGUUCCGGGAGUCUGUUCCUGAGAUUCUACGUCUCAUUGAGGGCCAACUCUCAGCAGUCGAGAACAAACACAUGAAGGCCAAGGCCAUCUUCCUCUCAGGCGGCUUCUCUGGAAGCAAAUACCUUCGCGAUUGUGUCGAACAUUUUGCCAGGAGCCGUGACGUCGGCUUCUACUGGCCCGAAAAGGAGAGUUGGUCUGCCGUCGCCCGAGGAGGUGUUGUAAUGGGCCUCAGCAGCGGCGGCGAAUACCGCCAAGCCCCCAUCUGCCAUCAAAGCCCCUGCCAUAUCGGCGUAGUCCUCGCAGAGCCAUUCGCAAACUUUUCCCACGAGCCCGAGCAGCGCUAUCUGGACACUCACGACGGAAAGGCCCGGGCCAAGAACAACAUCAAAUGGCUCGUCCUUAAGGGCGACCUGAUCGAGAACGAACUCUACGUCAAGCAGAGGAUCGUCAGGAAACUGCCCAAGCGCAUGAACCCUGCGAGCCGGCUUACAGUCGUCUUUGACACUUGGGAUUACAUUGGCGAGCAUGCCAACGAGCCGCCGACAAACCUACACGAAACGCCAGGCAGGACAAUCGAGCGCAUCGGAGCAGGCAAGAGGGAAGCCAAGAAGUGGGACUUUCAGCUCCCGCAACCAAAGCCCAACCAGUGGAAGGCGGUCGGCAGCUCGUCAGGAUGGUACCAGCUAGACAUGGAUCUCGAAAUCACAGUCACAAAGGACCGCGCGAGCAUCCAGCUCACGCCGACUCAGAGGGCAGAGUACGGGGAGCCUGAGGAGCCGCUCCUCAACGAGUCACACGUCUUCAACCCGAGAGCUGCGGAGGAUGGCUUCAUGUAG